AUGACCUUUCCGCUGAAGCAGCUUGUCCCAUGUCUCUGCGGCAUCCUCAUCCUCCUAUUAAUCAUGUUCUUCUCCCGCGCGAAGGCACAGCCGUGCCGAAGCACUGAUUCCAAUCAGGAUCGGCUCAGGGGCAACUACACCAUAGCCGGCGUCGGCUCCGAAUUCUAUCUGAUCGAUAAAAAAUCCAGAGGCUUCGGCAACCUCUCCGACUCCGACGGGAACAACACCCAGGUGUUGUCCAUCGUCGAUCAGUCGAUACGACUCUGGCAACUUCGACCCGACGGCGGCGACGGGCUGGAGGUCGAUGGGGCGUCCUUCAGCGCCACCGUGGCAUAUCAGCCGCUGUCCAGCCGGGAUAGCCUCGCCUUCCUCAUCCUCCCGUCGAUGCUAAACACCUCCUUGCUGAUGAUGGAACUGAUGGCCAGAGAUGAUGGCCCGCUCGUCCUCACCGGAGCCGGUAGUCCAGAGGCUACAUCUCGGAGCGCCGCAGUCUCCGGCAGCACCGUCUCUAUCAGGAUUGGCGUGCUGUCGAAUCUCUCGAUCACGGAGCACUACUAUGAUGACAUCAUGGUUGUCGAUAUCACUAUCGAUCGGGUAGCAAACAAAUACACCGUGUGGAUCGACUACGACAGUGCGGGGCGCAGCCUGUCGGUCUACGCGGACGUCCAAGCCAAUCCCAAGCCUGACAACAUCAUAGCUGAGGUGAGCCUGAACAUUACCAACUUUAACCCGUACGUCCGUUUUGGCCUACUCUCUACGGCGGAGCAGCUACACAACGCUCGACCUCGCUGGAACGCGACGGUCGAGCAGCUCCUCCCUUACCCCUACAUCGACAUCGGUGGAGGCCUGUCAAGGAAGGUGACCAUCCUGUCCUCCGUCCUCGGAUCCGUAGCUACCACCGCAGUGAUGGCCGUCGGCCUGGCGUGCUACUUCAACUCGAGGUACCGGCGGUGGCACAAGGACCUUGACCAACUCGCGAGAUCCAUGGAGCGCCUCCCCGGGGUGCCCACCAAGGUGGAAUUUGCUGACAUCAAGAAGGCCACCGGUAACUUCCACGAAGCCAUGAAGCUCGGGGGAGGUGGGUUCGGCACCGUGUACAGGUGCACGCUCACGGCCUCCGCUUCAAAGACGGAGCGACCGAUGGAUGUCGCGGUCAAGAGGUUCACGCGCGAUGUGCAGAACCGCUGCUACGACGACUUUCUUGCCGAGGUCAGCAUCAUCAACCGGCUACGCCACAAGAACAUCGUCCCCUUUGUCGUAAUACCGAAUGAGACUGGGAGCCAGUAUGGGUGGUCUUAUAACAAAGGAGAGCCACUACUUGUUUUCGAGUUCAUGACCAACGGCAGCUUGGAUCAACAUCUCUUCCCCAAAGUGAGCAAUGGCACCGGGCUACAACAGGCGCAACGCACUGGCACGGCCAUUCGGCAAUGGGCCACCCGCUACGGAAUCGUCAGGGACAUUGCUACCGGCCUUCACUACGUCCACCAUGAGUACGAGCCGAUGGUGCUCCACCGUGACAUCAAGGCGAGCAACGUGAUGCUAGACUCUAGCUAUCGGGCACGCCUCGGUGACUUUGGCCUGGCCUGCACCGUGGAUGUGGGUCGGAACUCCGCCACCGGCGUUGGUGGCACGUGGGGCUACAUUGCGCCGGAGUACGCCAUGUGCGGCAAGGCGACGCGGCAGACCGACAUAUGCGCUCUCGGGGUACUCAUCCUUGAGGUCGUCACCGGCCAGCGGGCGCUGAUUCGACAGACGGUGGAUGAAGGCGACGCCCAAAUCACAGAUAGAGUGUGGCGCCUCCACCGUGAGAGGAGGCUAAUGGAGUGCGUCGAUGCCGUGCUGAUCGCAGGUUCUUCUCCGGAUGAGGACCCGCAGCACGCUGGAGGUGAUGCCGAACGUCUGCUUCUUCUGGGCUUGGCGUGCAGCAGCCCAAACCCGUCAGACCGUCCGAGCAUGCCCGAGGUGGUGCAGGUCAUCGCCAAGUCAGCACCGCCGCCGGAGGUGCCGCUCAUGAAACCAAUAUUCAUGUGGCCGCCGCCGGAAGGGGCAGCCUGGGGCGCUGAUGAUAGCACGGGCACAUGGAUGAUGAAUAAUCUCGAUGGGAGUAUCACGAGCACCGAGCGUCAGUCGCAGUCGCUCACAGCGGUGUCGCACAGGCGGGCUACCGGAGGACAUGCCUCGUUUCAACUGGAGCCAUGA